GUCUCCGCCUCGGCCGGCGGGGACCUAGAGCGGGGGUGGUCGCGGGGCCGUCCCGGACCCCAGAGCGAGCGGGAGCGCGCGGGGCGCGGCGAGCCCCGGAGCCCGGCGGGCCGCAGCGAUGUUCCCCAAGGAGGCGACGUGGAACAUCUCGUUCGCGGGCUGCGGCUUCCUGGGCGUCUACCACAUCGGCGUGGCCUCCUGCCUCCGCGAGCACGCGCCCUUCCUGGUGGCCAACGCCACGCACAUCUACGGCGCCUCGGCCGGGGCGCUCACGGCCACGGCGCUGGUCACCGGAGCCUGCCUGGGUGAGGCAGGUGCCAACAUCAUCGAGGUGUCUAAGGAAGCCCGGAAGCGGUUCCUGGGUCCACUGCACCCCUCCUUCAACCUGGUAAAGACUAUCCGUGGUUGCCUGGUGAAGACCCUGCCUGCUGACAGCCACGAGCGUGCCAGUGGGCGCCUGGGCAUCUCCCUGACCCGUGUCUCUGAUGGCGAGAACGUCAUUAUAUCCCAGUUCAGCUCCAAGGACGAGCUCAUCCAGGCCAAUGUCUGCAGCACCUUCAUCCCUGUGUACUGUGGCCUCAUCCCUCCCUCCCUCCAGGGUGUACGCUAUGUUGAUGGCGGCAUCUCAGACAACCUGCCACUCUAUGAGCUCAAGAACACCAUCACCGUGUCCCCCUUUUCGGGGGAGAGUGACAUCUGCCCGCAAGACAGCUCCACCAACAUCCAUGAGCUCCGGGUCACCAACACCAGCAUCCAGUUCAACCUGCGUAAUCUGUACCGCCUGUCCAAGGCCUUGUUCCCACCAGAGCCCGGGGUGCUUCGAGAGAUGUGCAAGCAGGGCUACAGGGAUGGCCUGCGUUUCCUGAGGCGCCACGGCCUCCUGAACCGGCCCAACCCCCUGCUGGUGCUGCCCCCUGCACACAACCCUCCUCUCAAGGACGAGGAUGUGGAGGACGCCCAGGUGGCCCCAGUAGAUGGCCACUUACAGCCGUCCCGGGAGGAUCACAUCCUGGACCAUCUGCCUUCACGGCUCAAUGAAGCCCUGCUGGAGGCCUGCAUAGAGCCCAAGGACCUGCUGACCACCUUCUCCAACAUGUUGCCUGUGCGUUUGGCCACAGCCAUGAUGGUGCCCUACACUCUGCCGCUGGAGAGUGCGGUGUCCUUCACCAUCCGCUUGCUGGAGUGGCUCCCCGACGUCCCCGAGGACAUCCGGUGGAUGAAGGAGCAGACGGGCAGCCUCUGCCAGUACCUGGUGAUGCGCGCCAAGAGGAAGCUGGGAAGCCACCUGCCCUCCAGCCUGUCGGAGCAGGUGGAGCUGCGCCGGGCCCGGUCGCUGCCCUCUGUGCCGCUGUCCUGCGCCACCUACAGUGAGGCGCUGCCCAGCUGGAUGCGCAACAGCCUGUCGCUGGGGGACGCGCUGGCAAAGUGGGAGGAGUGCCAGCGCCAACUGCUCGUGGGCCUUUUCUGUACCAACGUGGCCUUCCCGCCGGAUGCCCUGCGCAUGCGUGCUCCCGCCAGCCACGCCCCCACGCCCCCACAGCUCCCACCCACCUUGCCCCCUUGCUGAAUGCCUUCCCCAGCCCCCUGGGGUCCGGGUGCAGAGGGCGGGG